GGGGGGCGGAAGGGCCACGUCAGACGGUGCGGGACGGGAGAGGACCGGCCGGAAGCGGGAUCCGGCGGCAUCCAACGGGAUCCAGCGGCAGCGGCAGCGGGAGCGGGCCGGGAGGGCAGCCGCAGCCAUGCCCCUGCGACUUGAUAUCAAGAGAAAACUAACUGCUCGGUCUGACCGAGUGAAGAGUGUUGACUUGCAUCCUACCGAGCCAUGGAUGUUGGCUAGCCUCUACAAUGGCAGCGUCUGUGUUUGGAAUCAUGAAACCCAGACACUGGUGAAGACAUUUGAAGUGUGUGAUCUUCCUGUUAGAGCUGCAAAAUUCGUAGCGAGAAAGAACUGGGUUGUGACAGGAGCGGAUGACAUGCAAAUUAGAGUGUUUAACUACAACACUUUGGAGAGAGUUCAUAUGUUUGAAGCACACUCAGACUACAUCCGUUGUAUCGCUGUUCAUCCGACACAGCCAUUCAUCCUAACCAGCAGCGAUGACAUGCUCAUUAAACUGUGGGACUGGGAUAAAAAAUGGUCUUGCUCUCAGGUGUUUGAAGGGCACACCCACUAUGUGAUGCAAAUUGUCAUAAACCCCAAGGAUAAUAAUCAGUUUGCCAGCGCUUCUUUGGACAGAACAAUCAAGGUUUGGCAGCUUGGCUCUUCUUCACCAAACUUCACUUUAGAGGGACACGAGAAGGGAGUGAACUGCAUUGAUUACUAUAGUGGAGGUGACAAACCGUAUCUCAUUUCAGGAGCAGAUGAUCGCCUUGUUAAAAUAUGGGACUACCAGAAUAAAACUUGUGUGCAAACAUUAGAAGGUCAUGCACAGAAUGUGUCUUGUGCCAGUUUUCACCCCGAACUGCCUAUCAUCAUCACCGGUUCAGAAGAUGGCACUGUGCGUAUUUGGCAUUCAAGCACUUACCGCCUUGAAAGUACUUUAAACUAUGGAAUGGAGAGAGUGUGGUGCGUGGCCAGUCUGAGGGGGUCCAAUAAUGUUGCCUUGGGAUAUGAUGAAGGCAGUAUUAUUGUAAAGCUUGGCCGGGAGGAGCCUGCAAUGUCCAUGGAUGCGAAUGGAAAGAUUAUUUGGGCUAAGCAUUCAGAAGUUCAGCAGGCUAAUUUGAAAGCAAUGGGUGAUGCUGAAAUUAAAGAUGGAGAAAGAUUGCCACUUGCUGUGAAGGAUAUGGGUAGUUGUGAAAUCUAUCCUCAGACCAUUCAACACAAUCCUAAUGGACGAUUUGUCGUGGUGUGUGGUGAUGGUGAAUAUAUCAUCUAUACGGCGAUGGCUUUGAGAAACAAGAGUUUUGGUUCUGCUCAAGAGUUUGCCUGGGCCCAUGAUUCAUCAGAGUAUGCAAUAAGAGAGAGCAACAGUGUUGUGAAGAUAUUUAAGAACUUCAAAGAGAAGAAAUCGUUUAAACCGGAUUUUGGAGCUGAGGGUAUCUAUGGAGGUUUCUUACUGGGAGUCAGAUCUGUAAAUGGUCUAGCUUUCUAUGACUGGGAAAAUACAGAGCUGAUACGCAGAAUUGAAAUCCAACCCAAACAUAUUUUCUGGUCUGAUUCAGGAGAGCUGGUCUGUAUUGCCACUGAAGAAUCAUUCUUCAUCCUUAAGUAUCUGUCUGAAAAAGUUUUAGCCGCCCAGGAAACCCACGAGGGAGUUACUGAAGAUGGCAUUGAAGAUGCUUUUGAGGUUCUUGGCGAGAUUCAAGAGAUUGUUAAAACGGGUUUGUGGGUGGGAGAUUGCUUUAUCUACACCAGUUCUGUGAACAGACUAAAUUAUUACGUCGGAGGAGAAAUAGUCACCAUUGCCCACUUGGACAGGACAAUGUAUUUGUUGGGCUAUAUCCCCAAGGACAACAGACUUUACCUGGGUGAUAAGGAGUUAAACAUAGUUAGUUACUCCUUGUUGGUAUCGGUGCUGGAAUAUCAGACUGCAGUGAUGAGGAGAGACUUUAGCAUGGCUGACAAAGUCCUCCCUACCAUUCCAAAAGAACAAAGGACUAGAGUUGCACAUUUCCUGGAAAAGCAGGGCUUCAAACAACAAGCUCUUGCGGUAUCCACAGAUCCCGAACAUCGCUUUGAACUGGCUCUUCAGCUUGGAGAGCUAAAGAUUGCGUACCAGCUGGCAGUGGAAGCAGAGUCAGAACAGAAGUGGAAGCAACUUGCAGAGCUGGCCAUCAGCAAAUGCCAGUUCGGCUUGGCCCAGGAGUGUUUGCACCAUGCCCAGGAUUAUGGGGGUCUGUUGCUUUUGGCUACCGCUUCGGGAAAUGCCAGCAUGGUGAACAAGCUAGCUGAAGGAGCGGAGAAGGACGGCAAGAACAACGUGGCAUUUUUGAGCUACUUUCUGCAGGGAAAGCUCGACUCUUGCCUUGAACUCUUGAUUAGAACUGGACGCUUACCAGAAGCUGCCUUUCUAGCUCGCACAUAUUUGCCAAGCCAGGUUUCAAGGGUUGUCAAACUGUGGCGAGAGAGCCUUGGUAAAGUCAAUCAGAAAGCAGCCGAGUCUCUUGCUGAUCCCACAGAGUAUGAAAAUCUUUUCCCUGGAUUAAAAGAGGCGUUCGUUGUGGAAGAGUUUGUAAAAGAAACCCAUACUGAUUUACGACCAGCCAAGGAAUACCCACUUGUCACUCCAAAUGAAGAACGAAAUGUAAUGGAAGAAGCUAAAGGUUUUCAACCAUCAGGAAUCGUUGCACAGCAGGAGUUUGAUGAAGAGGAACCAGUUUUACUUCCUACUACAGUUUUAAUACCUGCAGUUCCAGCUAAGUCAGAACCACUUCCAGCUGUAAAAGAUGAAAAAAAUUUACUUGAGUUGGAUGAAGAUUUAGAUAACUUGGAUCUCGAAGAUAUUGACACAACCGACAUUAAUCUGGAUGAAGAUAUCUUGGAUGACUGAACUACACUGCUAUGGACUAGGUGAUUUUAUAUGUAGAAGAAAAAUCCGACAUAAUUUCAGCCCAUUGUUAAAUCAUUAUGUAUUACUGGUGAAUUUUCUUAACUGAUCUUUUUCAUGCUGCAAAGCUGCACGGACCCUUAUAAAAUCUUUCCAACUAAAUGA